GAGCUGGAUUUUGAAGCUAAGACGAGCUAUACCCUGAGGAUAGAAGCAGCCAAUAUGCAUGUUGACCCUCGCUUCCUGAGCCUGGGACCCUUCAGUGACAUGACAACAGUGAAGAUAAUUGUAGAAGAUGUUGAUGAGCCACCUGUGUUUACUUCACGUUUGUACUCCAUGGUGGUGUCUGAAGCAGCAAAGGUCGGCACUAUCAUUGGAACUGUGGCAGCCCAUGACCCGGAUGCCUCAAAUAGUCCUGUCAGGUACUCGAUAGAUCGAAACACAGACCUGGAGAGGUAUUUCAAUAUUGAUGCCAAUAGUGGAGUCAUUACAACUGCCAAAUCUUUGGACAGGGAAACUAAUGCUGUUCAUAAUAUCACGGUUUUGGCUAUGGAGAGUCAGAAUCCAGCACAGAUUGGGAGAGGCUACGUAGCCAUCACUAUCCUUGACAUCAAUGACAAUGCCCCUGAGUUUGCUAUGGAGUAUGAGACAACUGUCUGUGAAAAUGCUCAACCUGGUCAGGUCAUCCAGAAAAUCAGUGCAAUUGAUAAAGAUGACCCACCAAAUGGCCAUCAGUUCUACUUCAGUUUAACAGCAGAGGCAGCAAAUAACCACAAUUUUACACUGCAGGACAACAAAGAUAACACUGCCACAGUAUUAACCAGAAGAAAUGGGUUCCGAAGACAGGAACAGUCUGUUUUCUACUUGCCAAUAUUCAUUGUGGACAGUGGAUCACCUUCACUUAGUAGCACCAAUACCCUCACCAUCAGAGUCUGUGAUUGUGAUGCAGAUGGUAUUGCUCAGACGUGCAAUGCAGAAGCGUAUAUUUUGCCUGCAGGACUUAGCACUGGAGCCCUGAUAGCAAUCUUGGCUUGUGUCUUGACACUGCUAGUUCUUGUCUUGCUGAUUGUCACCAUGAGGCGACGGAAAAAAGAGCCCCUCAUUUUUGAUGAAGAGAGAGAUAUCAGAGAGAACAUCGUCAGGUAUGAUGAUGAGGGUGGUGGAGAAGAAGACACCGAGGCUUUUGACAUGGCUGCCUUGAGAAACCUCAACAUUAUCCGAGACACCAAGGCCAGAAGGGAUGUGACACCUGAGAUUCAGUUCUUGAGCAGACCGACUUUUAAAAGCAUCCCAGAUAAUGUCAUUUUUAGGGAAUUUAUCUGGGAAAGACUAAAAGAAGCUGAUGUGGACCCCUGCGCGCCACCCUACGACUCCCUGCAGACAUACGCGUUUGAGGGAAAUGGCUCGGUGGCGGAGUCACUCAGUUCUUUAGAUUCGAUCAGCUCAAACUCUGACCAGAACUACGAUUACCUCAGUGACUGGGGCCCUCGCUUUAAAAGGCUUGCGGAUAUGUAUGGGACUGGACCAGACUGCUUAUACUCAUAGCCUUGGAACCUUUCUCUGAAAAUGCACUGAUGAAUACUAAAACAGAAACCCCAACCUUACAGAC